AUGGAAGAUGAUCAUGACCAAGUAGCAGAAGAUUUUCUUAAUCAAAUUCGUGUUGGACAUUUACCAUUUGGGAUAACUACUAAAGAAGUAACCGUGUUCUUUGAACGAUAUGGUAAAAUUGAAAAGUUAUUUAUAAAACGGCGUAUCUCGAGAGAUUCAUCUGUUCUUUUGACUCAUCCAUUUGUAUUUAUCAUUUUUGAGAACUCAGACUGUGUCGAUCAAGUAAUGGCUGCACGGCCAUUUUUUAUAGGCGACUGUGAGUUAUUUGUACGACGUUGUUUACCACGCACCAAAAAAUAUCCAUAUGAAGCAUUUAUUACCGUUGAGAAAAUACUUCUGUAUGCUGUAUCUGAAAGAAACGAUGAGAUAUUACCAGAUGAUAAAUCAAUUUUUGACUAUUUAACACUAACUAGUGGUAAAAUCAAAUAUUUUGAAAGACUUGAUAAUAAAACGGUCUUAGUUCAAUUUCACGAUUAUGAUCCAGUUGACAUAUGUUGUCUUUCAAGACCUCAUCUUAUUAAUAAUCAACUAGUUGAAAUCGAAAAGUGUAGUGAUGAAAAUCAAGUUCGACUUCAAAUUGAAUUUCAGAAAAAAUCACAAUCUAUUUCUACUACUGAACUUUCCUCAACUCAAAUUACACCUGAAAUGGAUUGUCGAGCUACAUAUACUGUUUCACCAGUACCGACGUUGUCAAUUGACGAUCAAAUUACACAAAUUCGAUUGGCACAGAGUGAUAUAGCAAAUAAUUUAGAACGUCAGCAUGAACAGCUAGUCGCUUCGUUGUCAUCUGAAUGGGAACAAACAGCAAAAGAACGUAUUCGUCUUCAACGUUUAACAUUAGAUUAUAAACAAGAACACGAACGAUUAGCAAAGGAAAAUCGAAAAUGGCAAAAAUUAUUUAGUGAUAGUCUAGUAGAAAAACCACAGGUUCAAAAGGAAGGCGAAAGCAAAUUACAAGAGGCAUACAGAACAACUACAACAGCUACGGAAAAAUACAAUGAAUUAAUAAAAAAUAUUCGAUGA